AUGGCGGCCCUUGACCGGGCUGACACUUGGACCUUAGUGGAUCUACAGCAGGAAAGAAGGCUAUUGGCUGAAAUUGGAAAGUUAGAGGCUGCGCCAAACAAUUUUCCUAUGAUUUAUAAUCCACUCCUUGAUGCCGAUGGAAGCAUACUAUCUAAGAAUCCUGUUGAUGCUGCUAAGAACAAGCCGUUUGAAAACCCGAAGAGGUAUCGAAUAUUGAUUGGAAAAAUGAAUUAUCUUACUAUGACCCGUCCUGAUAUCACCUAUCCAGUCAGUAUACUUAGCCAGUUUAUGAUCUCGCCUACUAUCAGACAAUGGGAAGCUUUAGAGCAUGUGCUUCAUUACUUGAAGGAGUCUCUAGGUCGUGGGAUAUUAUACAGAAAUCAUGGUCAUAUAGAUAUUGAGUGUUUUUAUGAUGCUGAUCAUGGUGGUUCAAAGGCCACAAGAAGAUCUACUACAAGAUAUUGUGUCUUUGUGGACGGAAAUUUGGUGUCCUGA